AUUUUUAAUUUUUAUUUAAACUGGGAAGAGGAAAGUUCAGAAUGUCAGGAGUACGCGAAAUUAGUUUACGCAGUUGAAGAUGUUCCGGUUUUACGUAUCGACGCCGGUACAAAUACGGUCUCGAAAUGUGGGAUAGUUGAAACUCCAUUGAUUGUCGGUGGGACCAAAGCAAAACCUAUGGAGUUUCCCCAUAUGGCACUGAUUGGCUACGGACAGAAAGAAAUAUUUUGGCAAUGCGGAGGUACAUUAAUUUCAGACAAGUUUGUACUUACUGCCGCUCAUUGCAUCGAUUCACGUGAUAAAGGACCAGCAACAAAAGUAAGAGUCGGCCUGAUAAAUUCAAAAGAUCCCGGGCCUUCAAUGCAAGAGCGUAAUGUCAUUGAGAGAAUAACUCACCCUGAUUACAAAUUACCACUACGUUAUAAUGAUAUUGCUCUAAUUAAAUUAGAGAAUCCGGUAGAUUUAAAUGCAGAAGUUCGGCCCGCGUGUUUGGAAACAGAAGAAAUUUUAAAAGACAAAAAAUUUAUUGCCAGUGGAUUUGGAAAAACUGCUUAUGAGGCGGAGACAGGAAGUGACGAUUUGAUGAAAGUAACUCUGGAUAAAAUAGAAACUGAUGAAUGUAAAGAAAAAUUUAAGAGUGAAGUAGGAAGCAAACAGAUGCCAGAUGGCUUGAAAGACACUAUGAUUUGUGCUGGGGUUAUGGAAGGGGGUAAAGAUACUUGUCAGGGUGAUAGCGGCGGUCCACUGCAACGUGUCCUCCAUACUCCUUACUGCACUUACAGCGUCCUGGGUAUCACAAGUUUUGGUAAAUUCUGCGCGUUUAAAAACUCACCAGCAAUUUACACAAGAGUCUACUCAUAUUUAGAUUGGAUUGAAAAAAUAGUCUGGUCUUAA